AACCCCUUAAUACGCACACGAAGAGAGAGAAACAUAAUUUCUUGUCCCUCAAGCUAAGCUUUCCAAACUUCUUGCAAAACCAAGAAAAACCCUUUCAUUCUUAAUUUUGUGAUUUACAGUUUCGAAAUUUCUUUGGUUUGAUCGUUUGUUGAAGAUGAUGAGCCGUGGCGGAACGAAGCUGGCCCGAUCGUUGACGGGCCAUGUUGCCCCGCGCUAUUUUUCGACGGCGGUUCUCCGUCGUCCGGCGACUGCUGCAGCCAGCGAGGCAGGGAUGAUCGGAGGAGUUUUCCGCGGCGGUGCGGCGGCUUUCUUGCAUGGGAAUCCAUCCAAGGCUUCCGAGGAAGUGCUGGUUGCUUGGACGAGGAGAAUGAGCACGGUGGCUGUGGGUGACAAGCAGAAAGAGAAGGACGAGAAAAACGGCGGCGCCGCCACUACCGGCGGCCGAACUGAUUCGGCCGUUGCUAGUUACUGGGGCGUUGCUCCUCCUAAGGUUGCCAAAGAGGAUGGCACCGAAUGGAAAUGGCAGUGUUUUAGGCCAUGGGAGACGUACAAAGCAGAUUUGAGUAUAGAUCUGAAGAAACACCACGUGCCGGUCACAUUCUUGGAUAAGAUAGCAUAUUGGACUGUAAAGGCGCUCAGAUUUCCCACUGAUGUUUUCUUUCAGAGGAGGUAUGGUUGUCGUGCAAUGAUGUUGGAGACGGUGGCGGCGGUUCCGGGGAUGGUGGGAGGGAUGCUGCUGCACUGCAAAUCCCUCCGGCGAUUCGAGCACAGCGGGGGGUGGAUCAAAGCGCUGCUGGAAGAAGCGGAGAACGAGAGAAUGCAUCUGAUGACGUUCAUGGAGGUUGCUCAGCCGCGGUGGUACGAACGCGCCCUCGUCUUCGCCGUCCAGGGCGUCUUCUUCAACGCUUACUUCGCCGCCUACCUCGUCUCCCCCAAGCUGGCUCACCGCAUCGUCGGAUACUUGGAGGAAGAGGCUAUCCAUUCCUACACCGAGUUCCUCAAGGAGCUUGACAAGGGUAAUAUCGAGAACGUGCCGGCUCCGGCCAUCGCUCUCGACUACUGGCGCCUCCCGCCGGGAUCUACUCUCCGGGAUGUUGUCUUGGUUGUUAGGGCUGACGAGGCUCAUCACCGUGACGUCAACCACUUUGCUUCGGAUAUUCAUUACCAGGGACAACAAUUGAAGGACUCUCCAGCCCCUCUUGGAUAUCACUAAAAGGAAGAGAAAGUGACGUGGCUUGCAAUGGCACUGCAGAGAUUUUUUUUUUUUUUUUUUUUUAAAUUUUAGUGGAAACUUGAAAAGUAUACAGAUAUGGUAUGAGUGGUUGUCUUGUGAGCUUUAACGUGACGUUUAAUAAAUGGUCAAGAGUCAAGAUUGGGUUGCAUUGUGGUUUAAACACCUAAGGAGGCUUGCAUUAUUGUUUCAUUUUAUAUGUAUAUAAAAUUUAAUCUCUACACGUUA